AUGACCACACCAAAAGAGAAUCAGACCACCACAGUGACUGAGUUCAUUCUGCUUGGUUUUUCUAUCAGUAGAGAAGCGGAGCUGCUAUUCUUCAUGCUCCUCCUGCCCACGUACCUGAUUACACUCCUGGGAAACAUCCUCAUCAUCUGCGUUGUCGUGUCCUACUCACACCUCUACACAUCCAUGUACUUCUUCCUCUGCAGUCUCUCCAUCUUGGACAUCCUCUUCACCUCUGUCAUUUCUCCAAAGGUUCUGGCCAAUUUGGCCACUGGGGAUAAAACUAUCCUUUUUGCUGAGUGUAUCACCCAGUGCUUUUUCUACUUCUUCCUGGGAACAGUGGAGUUUCUUCUGCUAACAUCCAUGUCCUACGACCGGUACACUGCUAUCUGUAACCCACUGAGGUAUAGCACCAUCAUGAGUCCUUCUGUGUGCAUUGGACUGGUUCUUUUCUCAUGGGUAGGUGGUUUCUUGUCUGUUCUCUGUCCCAUCACAUUUAUCUCCAGAUUGCCCUUUGGUGGAUCUAAUAUCAUUAACCACUUUUUCUGUGACAGUGGGCCUCUAUUGGCCCUGGCCUGUACAGACACAACAUUUAUCGAGUUCAUGGAUUUCCUUCUAUCUUCCCUAGUUAUCCUCUGCUCCCUAAUCCUCACUGGAUACUCCUAUAUUUACAUCAUCAUGACUAUCUUAUGCAUCCCAUGAGCCAGUAGCAGGAAGAAGGCCUUUAACACCUGUGCUUCUCAUUUGACCAUUGUUGUGAUGGCUGGUGGGAUUACAGUCUUUAUCUAUGUGACUCCCUCCCAGAAAGAAACCCUGGAGAUCAAUAAAAUACCCUCAGUGUUGAGCAGUGUGGUGGCACCUUUCCUGAACCCCUUCAUCUACACCCUGCGCAAUAACACUGUGCUGGGGAUACUCAGGGAGGUGUGGGUGGGAGUCAGAGCAUUUUUAGUGGGAAAGGGGAGAGAACUUCUGAGUAGAGUAUCUAAAAAAGAUUAUUGA